CCCUCGUCCGAGAGCGGCUGUACGUCCUUUAGAAAGUUGCAUUUUAACAAAACAUUGCGUCAUCGUAGUAACCGCAUUUCACUUCCAGCUGUUGCCAGACAUAAAGUAAGGACGUCACUUCUACUGAGCAACAGUUUGUCCUGGUCGUUUAUUUCUCUAGUUUGCGUUUGAAUCAACAUGUCGUGUAGACUAGUCAAAGUGCUCUUCCUGUUGGCUGUUUUUCAAAUCCAUCGCUGUACUGGAUACGGUUACACAGAUGUCCCAAAGAAUUACAAUCCUGCUGGCGAUCCGUAUUACGUUAAUAUGCAAACAACUACGCCAAGGCCAAAGCCUAUCGCCAGCACCUCACAGCAUAGCUUCACAGACACUACUCACGUAGCCAAGGUUUCUUCACAAUUCCCUUCAGUUUACGACGGCUGUGGUCAGAGGAAAGGUUGUUUCGGGUUUCCUGGUGGUGUUUGCAUAGAAGAAAAGUCGUGUUCGGCCCUGGUGACUUAUGCACUUAAUGGUCAACAUUACGAGUUCGAGUUAUGGGCCAUCAACGCUCCUGCGAAUUCGUUUGUGGCCGUUGGAUUGUCUGAAGACCACAGCAUGGGCGAUGAUAGUGUUACAGAGUGCACAGUUGUCAACAACAGGAUCAACGCGUUCAUGUCUCACAAUGACAAUACAAAAACAAACGUUCGACUCAAAGAUCCAAGAAACGGAUUGAAUGUGAUGGAGACAACGUACACGGAUGGCAAUUUGUACUGUCGAUUCCAACGACAGAAGCUACUGGCAAUUGGCCAGAAAAUGUUUGAUUUGUCUCAAAUGUAUUAUUUGCUUUUAGCUCGAGGACCAGCUUCGGACGAAGGCAUUUCUUAUCACGACAGGCAAAAAACUGUAUCAGCCCGUUUGGUUAAACUCUCUGAAACAACUGCAGUUGGUGCCAAUAAAGGCACACUGGUGAAACUUCACGGUACCUUUAUGGUGACAGCAUGGAUGUUGGCUGCCUCUUGUGGCAUUUUACUUGCCCGUUACUACAAACUCACCUGGGUUGGACAGCAGUUCAUGGGCAAAGAUCUUUGGUUUGUGUACCAUAGGAUUUUGCUUGUUAUCACUUGGACAUUGACGGUCAUUGCUUUUAUCAUCAUCUUUGUUGAGCUUGGAGGAUGGACAUCCAUACCUGUCACUACCAAUCCUCAUGCAGUCAUUGGAGUCAUCACUACAGUGUUAGCUUUCAUUCAACCAUUUAUGGCCUAUUUCCGACCUCAUCCGAAUGGUCGGAGACGUUACAUUUUCAACUGGGCACACUGGCUGGUUGGCAAAUCAGCUCACACGCUUGGCAUUGUCUGCAUUUUUUUGGCCGUCGAUUUGGACAAGGCUGCCAUUCCUUAUUGGGUUACGUGGCUUCUAGUAACCUACACAGUCAUCCACGUACUCGGCCACCUCAUUUUGACGGUAGCACAGUACUGCCACCACGCCCCUUGGAGUCAGAAACCAACGGCCGGCAUGGCCAUGCGAGACAUGUUCCCACCUCGUGAGAGCUAUCAAGAUUCCGCUGCACUUGCCACCAGGAAAACAGACGAUCAUGGGUCAGCGUUCCGCCGGAUUGUGCUGUUCAUUUACGUUUUGCUGGUGGCCAUCUUCUCUAUUGCUGUGAUAGCGACAAUAGCUAACGGUCCUUGGGAAAAGCAAACAUGAAGUUGUGUGAA